AAUAAUAUUUAAGAAUCGUCGACAGCACACCCUACGCAUUAAUCCUCAAACUGAAAACUUGAACUGUAUUUCGAGAUCCAGACCGGCAUCCCUGCAACCUUCACCAUGAAAUCUUUCUUCGUUGUUUUGGCUUUGAUUUUCGCCGUUGUGGGAUGUGGAAUGAGCGCAAGACUUCGCAGGCAAGCUGAAGCUGCUCCAGAUGCGGACACUGAUGUUGCUGCAACCACACAAGAUCCCACAAUAACUCGUUUGAAUGUGGCUUUGUACUUCCUGCUUACAGAGCUUAACAAACAGAAAUCUUUGGGUGGACCAGCAAAUCCCGGUGGUAUCCAGAAAGCCAAUGCUUUAGUCACCAAGAUCAGUCUGCUCGGAGGGGACGUAGAUGACGUGAACAAGGACCUUCUGGCUAAUGUUGUUGCCUACUCCAAGCCAGCAGCUGCUGAUCCUAAAGUUGACCUUUCACAGUUCGGUGCCUGAACUCAUCAUGUCAAAUGGAUCUUCUAAGUUCUCAGUAGCAACCGAGUACCAGGAAAUAGGCAAACAAAUCAUUUUGCUCAAUACAGUUUUUAACAACCCACCAAAUUCCUCAAGAUCUCAGUCGUAAAAAUUUACGAUAAAAUUCAGGUAUUGUUUGCCCACUUCCAGCCAGUCUUUGUAGCUGGUGAUGGUACAUUCGCAUGUAAAAAUUGUUUUUGAAUAAAAUUUUAUUUGUUUGCAUUGAAAAAA